UAUUAAAUUUAUUAUUACUACAUAUAUAUAAGAGUAGUAGUUUCUUCUUCCCGCCCAAAGGCAAUUGUAUGAAAAAAUGACGUCAGCAAUCUCAUGGAUCAAAGUAGAUGAAACAGCUAAAGCAGCACUCGCAAGAAUCCUUACGGAACGGCCAUCUGUAGUAUUGCCGCCGCCGCUCCACAGGCUGGCCCUCCGCGUCGGCAACGUUGUCGAAAUUGUGGGCCCCUCUCCUUCAGCUAAAACCCUAAUCCUCAUCCAGACUUCGAUAAAUUGUAUUUUGCCUAAAGAGUGGAAGGGCGUGCAAUAUGGAGGGCUGGAGCGGCCGGUGCUUUUUGUUGAUUUGGACUGUCGCUUUGAUGUUUUGAGCCUUUCUCACGCCUUGGAGCGGCGUAUUACUGGGGCUUACCGAGUAAGAAGUGGCGUCAAAGGGAAUGAGAAUGAGUAUGAUAAAGAGCUCUUUGUAGCAUGCAUGAGUCGCUUCUUGUAUACACGAUGUUACAAUACUUUCGAGUUUCUUGCUACUCUUAGGACAUUGCCUUAUCGGCUUCAGAAAGAGAAAGAAAAGCAAGGUAGUGCUGUUUAUAUGCUUAUGAUUGACAGCAUAGGAGCUUUUUACUGGAUGGAUCGUGCUUUACCAUCUUCAUCAACAGGGAGCAACAACAGGAAGAGCCUCUCUCUUCAGACUGUGGCAGAAUCCAUAGUUCAAGAGAUCCAGAGGCUUUUGCUGGUGCAUCCUAUGCUUGUUUUAGCUGCUAAAUCAGCUGCAUUUGGCGACAAGCAAUCAACAACUCAUGUGAUAAGAAAUUCGGGAAAAAGGUUUGAUGACAAGGUAUUGGACUCAGGAGGUCCUCAGAAGCCAUCAUAUCGUGACUACAUGCCGUCAAUAUGGCAGUCCUUUGUUUCACACAGAAUACUUCUGCGUGCUUCAGAUGGUGAGAGCAAGCAUCAGACUCAUCCUUCUUUUAUGACAGAAUGGCUAUUGCCACCACUGAAGUUCUCAGACAAAUUUAUAGUAAAUGAUGACGGUCUCUUAGUAACUUUAUGAAGUGUAUGUGGACUCUGGAGUCUGGACCAGUGUGGUGGGGCAGAUUGUUCUAAGAGGCAGAAGCAGCACUGCUAGUUGGCUACUAGAAUCUCUUAUAUGAUGUUGUAGCCUAUGGGCUGAUCAAUCCUCUCGUUAGAUAAUUUUUGAAUCUCUUAUUAUUCUCUGAUAGGUGAAGCCUUUUCACCAAGCCUUUUCACCGUUCUCUUAUUAUUUGAAUCCUUGGAUAUUAGUAAGGAAAGACGGAAGAAAAUACUAUUCUCAUUUCAAAUGAUAUAAC